GAGAAACGUAUAUCUAUUGUAUUCUACUCCUUCCAUCUAUACUUUCUUUCUUUCAGCCCUCGCCAUUCUGGGCAAUCCCCAAUAUACCCCUUUCCCCAUCGGGAACCCAAGAGAAGAAAGAAGCCCACAGCCUUCCUUCUAUUCCCCAACUUCGUUCUGCAUAACCCCGCCUCUCUAUCAAUUUUCCUGCCGAAGAGUUAAAUUUAUUGAUUCAUUCUUUUCCAUCUGUCGCCGGCAGUUGUUGAUCGGCAGGUCACUCUACCUUCAACCAUGACCAUGUUGAAUCCUCAGCCGUUAGAUCAGGAAGAGGAGGAGAUGCUUGUGCCACACUCUGAUUUAGUGGAAGGUCCUCAGCUUCCAGUAGAAGGCCCUCAGCCAAUGGAAGUGACACCAGCAGAGAAUGCUACUGCGGAAAACCAAGCUGUGGAUGAGCCGCAGCUUUCACGCUUUACAUGGAAAAUUGAGAAUUUUUCUAGGUUGACUGCAAAGAAGCUAUACUCUGAAACUUUCACCGUGGGUGGUUAUAAAUGGCGAGUGCUUAUAUUUCCUAAAGGAAACAAUGUGGACUGUUUGUCUAUGUACUUGGAUGUGGCAGAGUCAGCUAAUCUGCCUUAUGGGUGGUGUAGAUAUGCCCAGUUUAGCUUGGCUGUUGUGAAUCAAUUAAAUUCCAAGUGUACCGUCAAAAAGGAGGCACAACACCAAUUUAACCAACGAGAGAGUGACUGGGGUUUUACAUCUUUCAUGCAUCUCAAUGAGAUUUAUGACCCUCACAAGGGUUAUCUUGUGAAUGAUACCGUUGUGAUUGAAGCUGAUGUUGUAGUGCGUAAGGUGAUUGAUUAUUGGACAUAUGACUCAAAAAAAGAGACUGGUUAUGUUGGGCUUAAGAACCAAGGAGCAACAUGUUACAUGAACUCUCUGCUACAAACUUUAUAUCAUAUUCCUUACUUUCGAAAGGCUGUUUAUCAUAUGCCAACUACAGAGAAUGAUAUGCCCUCUGGAAGCAUUCCUUUGGCACUGCAGAGUUUAUUUUAUAAACUUCAGUAUAGCGAUACUAGUGUGGCAACAAAAGAAUUGACAAAGUCAUUUGGAUGGGACACUUAUGAUUCUUUCAUGCAGCAUGAUGUGCAAGAACUUAAUCGAGUAUUGUGUGAAAAGCUUGAAGAUAAGAUGAAGGGUACAGUUGUGGAAGGGACAAUACAAAAGUUAUUUGAAGGGCAUCAUAUGAAUUACAUUGAGUGCAUAAAUGUGGACUUCAAAUCAACAAGGAAAGAAUCAUUUUAUGAUCUUCAACUUGAUGUCAAGGGCUGUCGUGACGUUUAUGCUUCCUUUGACAAAUACGUUGAAGUCGAACGUCUUGAGGGUGAUAACAAGUACCAUGCUGAAGAACAUGGUUUGCAGGAUGCUAAAAAGGGUGUAUUGUUCAUUGACUUCCCUCCAGUUCUGCAGCUUCAGUUAAAGCGGUUUGAAUAUGAUUUCAUGCGAGAUACUAUGGUUAAGAUAAAUGACCGCUAUGAAUUUCCGCUGGAGCUUGAUCUUGAUAGAGAGGAUGGAAAAUAUUUGUCUCCUGAUGCUGAUAGGAGUGUUCGCAACCUCUAUACUCUUCAUAGUGUGUUGGUUCAUAGUGGUGGUGUGCACGGUGGGCACUAUUAUGCUUUCAUUAGGCCUACACUAUCUGAUCAAUGGUACAAAUUUGAUGAUGAACGGGUCACCAAAGAAGACCUGAAAAAGGCUUUAGAAGAACAGUAUGGGGGAGAGGAAGAGUUGCCACAGACAAAUCCCGGGUUCAACAACACUCCAUUUAAAUUUACAAAAUACUCGAAUGCUUACAUGCUCGUUUAUAUACGUGACACUGACAAGGAUAAGAUAAUCUGUGAUGUUGAUGAGAAGGAUAUUGCUGAGCAUCUUAGGAUAAGGUUGAAGAAAGAACAAGAAGAGAAGGAAGAUAAGAGGAGAUAUAAAGCCCAAGCCCACCUUUAUACCAUUAUCAAGGUUGCCCGCGAUGAGGAUCUUAGAGAACAGAUUGGUAAGGAGAUCUAUUUUGAUCUAAUUGAUCAUGAAAAGGUUCAUAGCUUCCGUAUCCAGAAACAAAUGCCUUUUAAUCUUUUCAAGGAGGAAGUUGCCAAAGAAUUUGGCAUACCUGUACAGUUUCAACGUUUUUGGAUUUGGGCAAAGCGGCAAAAUCACACUUAUCGUCCCAAUCGCCCAUUGACUCAACAAGAGGAAUUACAGACAGUAGGGCAGUUGAGAGAAGUCUCUAACAAGACAAGUGCUGCAGACCUUAAGUUAUUUUUGGAAGUGGAGUAUGGACCGGAUCUACGUCCCAUUCCUCUACCUGACAAAAGCAAAGAAGACAUACUUCUUUUCUUUAAGCUUUAUGAUCCUGAAAAAGAAGAAUUUCGGUACGUGGGUCGGUUUUUUGUGAAGAGUACUACUAAACCAAUUGAAAUAUUGGCAAAACUGAAUGAACUAGCUGGAUUUGCUCCUGAUCAAGAAAUUGAACUUUUUGAGGAAAUUAAAUUUGAGCCUACCGUCAUGUGUGAACGCCUUGACAAAAGGGUUUCAUUUCGCUUCAGCCAGAUUGAAGAUGGUGAUAUUAUAUGCUUUCAAAAGCGGUCUAUCUCUGAAAUUGAGCGUGUCAGAUAUCCGCUUGUCCCUGCAUUUUUGGAAUAUGUUAAAAACCGCCAGGUUGUACAUUUUCGGGCUCUUGAAAGGCCGAAGGAGGAUGAUUUUUGUUUGGAGUUAGCAAAAAAUCACAAUUAUGGAGAAGUUGUAGAUAGAGUGGCUCAGCACCUUGGUUUGGAUGAUUCAUCCAAAAUUAGACUUACUCCUCACAAUUGUUAUUCUCAGCAACCCAAGCCCAAUCCAAUCAAGUAUCAGGGAGUUGAUCACUUGGUCGACAUGCUUAUUCACUACAACCAGAUUUCUGAUAUAUUGUAUUAUGAAGUUCUUGAUAUCCCUCUGCCAGAGCUACAGUGUCUCAAGACACUGAAAGUUGCAUUUCAUCAGGCCACAAAGGAUGAGGUUGUAAUUAUCAAUGUUAGGCUGCCAAAACAGAGUACUGUUGGAGAUGUGCUUAAUGAAAUUAAAACCAAGGUUGAGCUGUCCCAUCCAAAUGCUGAACUUAGAUUGCUUGAAGUCUUCUAUCACAAGAUAUAUAAGAUCUUUCCAUCCAAUGAAAAAAUCGAGAACAUAAAUGAUCAGUACUGGACGCUACGUGCUGAAGAGAUACCUGAAGAAGAGAAAAAUAUUGGCCCUCAUGAUCGCCUAAUUCAUGUUUACCAUUUCACAAAAGAGACAUCUCAGAAUCAAUUGCAAGUUCAAAACUUUGGAGAACCCUUCUUUUUGGUAAUCCAUGAAGGCGAAACAUUAGCUGAGAUUAAAGCUCGUAUUCAAAAGAAAUUGCAUGUUAAUGAAGAGGAGUUUUCCAAGUGGAAGUUUGCAUUUUUGUCAUUAGGACGCCCAGAAUAUCUUCAGGAUUCUGACAUUGUGUCCAGCCGUUUCCAGAGGCGAGAUGUUUAUGGUGCUUGGGAGCAGUACCUUGGUCUUGAACACUCUGAUAAUACUCCAAAGAGGACUUAUGCUGCUAGUCAGAACCGUCACACUUAUGAAAAGCCAGUUAAGAUCUACAACUAAAGAUAGAAGCAGUUCUAGAGUUUGUGUGAACAUAUGCCAGGAGCACCACAAUAUGUACUGGGAAACUUGAGGCAGGGGAGUAGAGUCGGAGUAGUUGUUACCAGUUUCCCUUUCUGGUGUUUGUAACAUUCUUCCUUCACCUUUUCUUUUCUUUUUCCCUUUUAAUGGUGUUUUCACUGAACUGUUCCCCCCUCCCACUAGCUAGCUACUCGUUGCUUUGGUAGGCCGAACAUGAAUCAUUGGGCGGUGACGUGGAGUGUUUUUUCCCUCCCGUAUUGUAGUAUCUCGACAUAUACACCUGUUUUCAGUUUGUGUAUUCUUUGCAGCUGGUGGCUCCGCUGUAGAGCGAUCCCUCGAAUUUAUAGUUCGUGUCCAAGUCGUGCAUAGAAAGAUUUUGGUAUGAAGAAUGUAUAGUAUAUAUAAUAUAGUUGGCCGCAUUCUGAAUGCUCAUGUUUUCAUUUUUAGAAUUCCAUUCUAUUGAUUUGCCGACAGCAGCCAAUCUUGUAACAGAACGACCUUGUUUCUUGUGCUUGAUCGUAAUGCAUAAUUCCAUGUGUGUUUUUAUAUGGAAUUUGGAAAUGAAUUUAUUGCUUCAAAACUUCAACUCAAU